CUUCUUAACAUUAAACAUUGGUCUUAUUUUUAAUGUGUAAUUGUAGUGGUUCAGCACAGAUUCUGAGUAGAGGUGCUCUGCACUGGGAUUCCAUUGCGCGGAAUAGUUUCCGCGCAUUUCGAUUUUGGACACACCCCGAGUUUCAUCUGCAUUGUAGGAUUUAGAACAGGAUGUUUUUUUUUAAAUAAAUGCAUAUCCUUUGAAGAGAGGAUGAAUCAACUAUAGCAAAAGAAAACAAAAUCAGUGUAUUUACAAGAGGAAAUGGAUGAAUUCAAGAGAAUGUGUUAUGAGAACACUGGAUAAAUCUACAUUUGCCAAAGAAAAUGAAAAAGGAAUGUAAGGAAGAUAGAAAUCAAAUUGUGGCGAGGCUUUGUUUAUUGUGCUUGAGCAGUUUAAUAUCCACAUAUUAUAUCGGUAAUAAUGGCUGUGAAGUCACAAAAACAACUUCCCGUUUCCAAGCGUCUUAACUCGUUGUUGUUGUACACUGGAGGACUUGUGUCUGCUGGAGGACUUGGAUGGUGUGUUCGUCUUGCUUACGCAGAACAACCCAAAACUGCAAUGGCAGCAGCCUUGGUUGGUUCAGCAGGUGCUUUCCUGUUCAGUAUGGUCUUGCAUGUAAACAAUCGUACUAGAAAAAAUUAUUUUAUAAGGUAUGCACCUAACUGGUGGUUAGUGCUUCCUGGAGGAAUUCUUUUUCCGGUAGGCUUUGGAUAUUGCCUGAUCCUUGGUGUGAAGGAACAUCGAAAAUCUUCAAUUAUAGCCUUCGCAGUUGGUUCAUUAAGUUAUACCCUAGUAAAUGCAGCCAUCUUUGAUGUUCCUAUGUCUAGGAACAGCGAAGACGCAGAAGAUCUAAAACUUUCAGCCGAAGAGGUUACGAGUGCAAGCUUUCGUUUUGUGAGCAACGUGAAUCGAUGCGAAGUGUGUAAAGCUCAUGUCGAGAAAGAGUUUCAAGAACGAAAAAACUAACACGCAAUCAGCAGGAAUGUUUGCAAUAGAAGAUGCCAAUUAAUUGUACCCAAAAUAUUUGUUUCAUUUUUCUUCCAGGCAUACUGGCUUUUAACAAAGCAUAUAAUCGGUUGUUUAGAUUGGUAAAGAAAUUUAUAGAAUUCUAUUAAAUCUUACUUAAAUUGCAUCUUACUUAUUAGCAUGUUAAUUAGAAAUCAAAGAAGAAUUUUAUUGCAAACGAGGGCUAUAAUUGCAUCUUAGUCCAAAAUGGUAAAUUAAAUGAUGCUCUAAUUUAAUGAUUUUCUUGCCUCUUAAGCUGUUAAAUCUCAAAGCAAGAUUUUUAAUCUUGCAUGCUGUUUCAUUUUGUUGCAUUUUGUGUCUUCGUGUGAGAAUUUUAUUUCUCUUUUUGAUAAAGAAUUUUAUGUAAA